GAGAAUGAUAAUUCAUAUUCUUAUCAAUGAUAGACGAUGAAAAUUUAUUUCUCGAUCGAUCAAGUUGAGAAAUACAGAUAAUUUUACAGAUAAUUUGAAAGUCAAUAGUAUUGUGCUGUGGCAAUAAUUGUGAAAUUAGAAAGCACGUGAUAAAGUUCAGUAUUCGACAAAAUCACUAUACGCAACUACGCACCUCAUAGUGUGCGUAGUGCACACUAGAGACUAGACUCUAGAGAGCGAAAGACAGAAAGAGAGAGAGAGAGAGAGAAUGAGAAUAGGGUAUCAUGCAGUAAUUCAAUGCGUUCAGUUGCGUUUGGUCGUUGCGUGGAUAUGUAGAGCUGUUUUCUUCGAUGAACUGACAAGAACAGAAUAAAUAUGCACUGGUUAAUACGUCUGUGUAUCCUUGUGGUUUUGUUGGUGCACAUAGACGGGAGUAGCGAUAGUGUGCCGUUAACCAAACUCGGCGCGAAAACCGGACCGACUCUAAGAUUCUUCUAUUGCUACUCGUGCGGCUAUAAAAAAGCCUUCGAACAAUACGUAAAUAUUCUUAAACAGAAGUAUCCAGAACUUCAUGUUGAAGGCGAGAAUUUCGAUCCACCUGGUUAUAAUAUGUUAAUUGCGAAAAUAUUGGGCAUGCUAAAAAUCCUUAUAAUUGUUCUAAUCAUAAGCAAAACCGAUUUCGGUCUGCCCAUAACAUCAAUAUGGCACUGGUGUAUAAAUAAUCGUAUAUAUGCCUGUAUGUUGGUUUUCUUGAUUGGCAAUGCCUUAGAAGGCCAUUUGAUUUCAUCAGGUGCAUUUGAAAUACAUUUCAAUGAUGUUCCUGUUUGGUCAAAACUCGAAACUGGCAGGAUACCACAACCAUUAGAAUUAUUUCAAAUAAUUGAUUUUCACCUAGACAUGCAAUUCUCAGAAAUGGAUGUAGGAAAAAUCAAGUUCCAAACGUAAGAUAUAAUAUUAUUUCAUAUUCUCAAAUUGAUAAAUCUAAACUGUGUACCAUGCAAGAAAGAAUGCUAAUGGUGUAAUGUGAUGAAAAUAUGUACAAUAUGUAUUUGUUAAGUAA